UCUAUGGUUGCCCAAAGGCACAUAACAAACAACAAUAUUCUACGUAGUAGUUCAUAGAAUUAUCUAAGAUAUGAUGAAAAGAAUGGGGGCUUGGAUGUUUCUAGCAUUCUUGACUUUGGUUGGCGAAUGGCAUGGUCGUUGUUAUGGGUGUUUGGAGGAAGAGAGGAUUGGUCUCUUGGAGAUCCAAUCUUUGAUCGACCCAGAUCACCUUUCCUUGACAGAUCAUCGGGUCGACACCAAUAGUAAUUGUUGUGUUUGGCGUGGGAUCGAGUGUGAUAACAAUACAAGGCGAGUGAUCCAACUCUCUCUUAGUGAAGCAAGGGAUGACAGCUUGGGCGAUUGGGUUCUCAACGCAUCUUUGUUUCAGCCUUUCAAAGAAUUGCAAAGUCUUGAUUUGGGAGAUAAUGGAUUGGUUGGUUGCAUGGAGAAUGAAGGCUUCGAAGUCCUAUCAUCAAAACUGAGGAAACUUGACCUGAGUGGCAAUCGAUUUAAUGAAAAAAGCAUUUUGUCAUGUUUCAAUGGGCUUUCCACUCUCAAGUCUUUGGAUCUAUCAUUGAAUAUGUUGACAGCUGGAUCAGGUAGCUUCUAUGGUAACCCUUUAAUUAUUUUUCUUUGAAACAUUCUUCUCGUAUGAUUUUUUUCCAUGC